CGUUUCUGCAACCGGCCAAUAGGAAAUAAGUAUUUACAAAUGUCAUCUCAGUCACGUGGUGGGGCGAAGAGCAAUGAAUUUCCGAACGAAUCGCUACAUUCAUAGCGCGCUGUCAACAAAUAUCUCGUGCUCGUGGCGCGACCGGUCGGCCUGCGUAAAAAGUUUGCUUCGUGAAUGUGAAGUGUUUUGUGAUUAAUACAAUGCUUAUUGAUUACUAAUCAUAUAAAAACUGUGUAUCGUGGAUUACUUUAUCAUAAAUCAUAAAGUCUGUGAACAAUGACAAUUGACAAGCAGCUAGUAUGGGUGCGGGACCCAAACGAGGGGUUCGUCCUGGCGCGCCUCCACGAGCUGAUGGGAGAGGAGGCAGACGUGUUCCCCGUGGACAACAAGUACCCGCGCCGCGUGUGCAGCUUCGAGGACAUCUUCCCCGCCGGCGACCCCAACAAGGAUGUCGACGACAACUGCGAGCUGAUGUUUCUGAACGAGGCCACGCUACUGAACAAUAUCUUGACACGCUACAAGAAGAAUAAGAUUUACACAUACGUCGCAAACAUACUACUAGCGGUGAAUCCGUACGAGGAUAUCGCGGAUUUAUACUCCUCCAACACGAUCAAGAAGUACCAGGGCAGGUCGCUGGGAGAACUACCGCCACAUGUGUUUGCUAUCGCGGACAAAUCGUUUCGGGACAUGAAGUCGUUCAAGCAAUCCCAGUCUAUCAUAGUGUCGGGAGAAUCGGGCGCUGGCAAAACUGAGUCUACGAAAUAUAUCCUGAAGUACCUGUGCGACCUCUGGGCCAAAGGUGCUGGACCCGUGGAACAGAAAAUUCUAGAUGCCAACCCGAUCCUGGAAGCGUUCGGCAACGCUAAGACCACACGAAACAACAACAGCUCCCGUUUCGGAAAGUUCAUGGAGGUGCACUUCAGCACCAAAUACCAAGUGGUGGGCGGGCACAUCUCACACUAUCUACUAGAGAAGUCCAGGAUCUGUACCCAGAGUGCUGAUGAGAGAAAUUAUCAUGUCUUCUAUCUGCUCUGCGCUGGUGCCGAUAAGGACCUACGCACCGCCUUAAGACUGACUAAACCAGAUGAUUAUAAGUAUUUGAAGAACGGAUGCACGCAGUACUUCACGAGCGCUGCAUCAGAAAAGAAGAUCACCGCCAACCAGAAGAGCAAACAGCAACAAGCCAAAGGCGGAUUACGCGACCCCAUUCUAGAUGACGUGGAAGAUUUUCAAAGGCUACACCAGGCAUUAUCUCGGGUCGGUUUAACCGAAGACGAAAAACGUGCCGUAUACAGCGUUGUAGCGGCAGUUUUACAUCUGGGAAACAUAGAGUUUGAAGAAGAAACCGGUGCUCGUGGUGGAUGCGGAGUUUCUUCUGCAAGUGAAUCGUCUUUGGCCACCGCUGCUGGACUAUUGGGGGUUGAUGGGGGGGAACUGAGGAUGGCGCUGGUUUCCAGACUGAUGCAGAGCUCUCGUGGAGGGAUCAAAGGGACCGCCAUAAUGGUACCACUAAAGACCCACGAGGCCAGUAACGCCCGCGAUGCCUUAGCUAAAGCAGUCUACAGUCGAUUAUUCGACUACAUCGUUCAUCGUAUCAACGCCAGCAUCCCUUUCCAGGCCUCCUCUUAUUAUAUCGGCGUGUUGGAUAUCGCUGGAUUCGAAUACUUCCAGACGAACAGCUUCGAGCAGUUCUGCAUCAACUACUGCAACGAGAAGCUGCAGCAGUUCUUCAACGAACGCAUUCUGAAGCACGAACAAGAACUAUACAGGAGAGAAGGAUUGCACGUGCCAGAGAUUCGUUUCGUUGACAACCAGGACUGUAUCGACUUGAUUGAGAGCAAAAACCACGGUAUAUUCCACCUGCUGGACGAGGAGUCGAAACUACCCAAACCAGAAUUCGGACACUUCACGCACUCCGUGCACAAACAAUUGGGAAACAAUAACUCCAGGCUUCAAUUACCCCGCGCUUCUCGCCUGAAAGCUCACCGCACAGUUCGUGACGACGAAGGAUUUCUGCUGAGACACUUCGCCGGCGCCGUUUGUUAUAAUACGAAUCAAUUCAUAGAGAAGAACAACGAUGCCCUUCACGCUUCACUAGAAUUCUUAGUGCAAGAAUCCCGUAAUUCGCUCGUUCAACAACUGUUCGAGAGUACAGACAAUAACAAUGCCAAGGGAAAACUCAACUUUAUAUCCGUGGGCUCCAAGUUCCAAACUCAACUGUCGCAGCUCAUGGACAAACUAAAGGACAAUGGCACUAACUUCGUCCGCUGCGUGAAGCCGAAUUCCCGUAUGGUUGGUCGAACUGUAGACGCGGCGUUAGUUCUGACACAACUGCAAUGCAGCGGGACUGCGGCUGUACUGGCUUUAAUGGAACACGGAUACCCGUCGCGAGCUCCGUUCCACGAGUUGCACGCGAUGUACAGCGCUUAUCUACCGCCCAAACUGCGUUCCCUCAGCCCCAGGCUAUUCUGUGAGGCGAUGAUCCACAGUUUCGGCCUAUCGAACAAGGACUUCAAAUUCGGCAUCACUCGAGUGUUUUUCCGUCCCGGGAAGUACAGCGAAUUCGAUACCAUCAUGAGAUCAGACCCGGAAAACCUUCAGGCCAUAGUGAGCAGUGUCCUCGCCUGGUUGGUUCAUUCAAGGUGGAGACGAGCCAUAUUCUCUGUGCUGUCCAUCAUUAAACUGAAAAACAAGAUAGUUUACCGUCGCGAAUGCCUCGUCAAAGUCCAAAAGACGAUACGCGGUUACUUAGUGAGGAAGAAACACCAGCCUCGGUACAAAGGCAUCGUCAAGAUCAACGCAUUGCACAACAAUCUGAAGCAGAUGGACGCAGUGGUCGCACAAUUAAAGAAAGAGAAGAGUGGUUCACAGAGGAAUAUAGAGAAUUUGAAGAACAGCAUUAAGAACGCAUGCGCUACUAUAAAGAGCAAUGAGAAAAUUACGCGCGAUGAAAUAGACAAACUUUAUAGCAAGCUAACGAACGAUAUAGAACUACAAAUGAGCGCGUUGAAAAAGGCUAUGGUCGACCAGAAGAACAGAGAAGAACAAGAGAGGUUGCAGAAGCUACAGGAAGAGAUGCGCGUCGCGGAAGAAGCGAAGAGAAGAGAACAAGAAAGGUUGAAGCAGGAGGAAGAACAUCGGCGGAUGAAAGCAGAAAUGGAAGCCCGUCGCAAGGCGGAAGAAGCGGAACGAUUGAAGGCAGAAGAACAAAACAGACAACAGGCGUUACAAAUACAACACCAGCUAGAAGAAGCCGCGCGAACAGACCAGGAGAAUAGAGAAAGACUGGAACAAGAGAGAAGGGACCACGAAAUGGCAGUAAGACUGGCCCGAGAAACCAACGGACACGUGGAAGGCUCGCCGCCACAGCUACGCAGUUUCCCCACAAUGGACUCAGUGAACGGAGAGAAUAAGUUGAACAGGUCAGAACGAGUGCGGAUGCAGCAAGCUAUGCAAGGCAAACAAAAGUACGACCUGUCCAAAUGGAAAUAUUCAGAGCUUCGAGACACAAUCAACACAUCGUGUGACAUCGAGCUUUUAGAGGCGUGCCGACACGAGUUCCACCGUCGCCUGAAGGUGUACCACGCGUGGAAGGCCAAGAACGCAAGGAAGACCACCACCCUGGACCAGGAACGAGCUCCACAAUCAGUCAUGGAAGCAGCUAAAGCUCCCCGCGUAGCCCAACGCGGCGAGAUCCUAGGCGCUCGCCAUCGAUAUUUCCGUAUCCCAUUCGUCCGCGCCUCCGCUACGGGAGAAUCCGACAGACGCGGAUGGUGGUAUGCGCACUUCGACGGACAAUACGUCGCGCGACAGAUGGAGCUGCAUCCCGACAAGCCGCCUGUACUACUGCAUGCAGGCGUAGACGACAUGCAGAUGUGCGAACUGAGCCUCGAAGAAACAGGGUUGACUCGCAAGCGCGGCGCCGAGAUACUGGAGCACGAAUUCGAGCGGGAGUGGACCAAGCACGGGGGGCAGCCCUACCAGGCGCCGCACCACUAACGAUACAACAAUAUACCGAGUCGAUUAGGGUCGAGUGAAUCCAUUCAACAUUCUCCGCAUCGCAAAAUACGUACGUAUUACACAAUGCGUGUUUUAGGAAGACUCCUAUUUAUAAUUUACACCUUAAUAUAUCUAACAUAGCUCUUCGA